AUGUCAUUAUUAGAUUUUUCAAAGAUCUUAUUCAUACUAACUUGUGUCUACUGCAAAAACAGCCGAGAAGGUUUUGUAAAAGAAGUAGCUUGCUCAGCAGAGAGCUUGACUGUAGUUAUAGAUGAAAAUGAUCCAGAGGUGGCUCGCUGGAUUUCGAAUCCAAAAUCUCAACCAGUGGUGUACGUCUACGGACACAAAACUCGCCAUCCUUGCGGAACUUCAAUGAAAAACGACAAAGGUUCAACUAAUUUUAAUCUCACUGUUCCUUAUGGAAAAGAGUGCGAUGUGAUGCUGGUGGAUUUGCAACCAAAUCAUCGAACCGCUGAAACCACUAUAGUUUUGGAAGAUAACGCUGAUCUCACUUAUGCAAAGACAAUGCGAAUCAACCAUGUGUUUUGCUUAUAUGCCCGAAAUGUGCAAACCAUUCGAUUUAACGACGUGACCAAUGCGCAUGAAAUAAUAGCGUCGACUGGUGGGAAGCCAAAGCCAAAAAUCGAGAUGUUUUUCCGAUCAGUGGACGGAAAACCGUUGCAUGCGGCAAAAAUCGGAGAUGUUCUGGAAUUUUUCGUCGCUCUUUCACCCGAUUCGGCAUAUCAUGGUGCAACACCAAAAGAGUGCGUCUUCAGCGAUCGCGAAGAUGUGGAUUCUCCCGAUGCUCGAAAAAUCACUUUCGUUCAAAGCGGGUGUCCGGUUGAAGAGAUCAGCGAGAUUAUUGAGCCGUUAGCCAACGUCAACGACCAGGUAUACUUUUCCAAGUUCAAAACGUUUCGCUUUGGUAAUCAGAGCACUGUGUUUGCUCACUGUCAAGUGAACGUUUGCUUGAAAAGGGAAGAAUGUUCUACGCCAUGCUUCAAGAAAAUGACCAAUUCGACAUUAACUGCUGACCGGCUUCGGUUCCGGCAUCGUAGAAGCGCAUCAUUGAUCAAAGAAAGCAAAGACGUCAGUGAGGUGUCUCUUAUGAACACACUCACAAUUCUGUCAGAUUCGGAAUCUCGACAAAUUGCAAAAUCUUCGUCAUUUUCGUCGCCGAUCGCAGACAAAUGCUCUGUUACAUCAGAGUUCUCGAGAACGGCGUUGUGCGUGAUGGCUGCUCUUCUCUCUUUGGUAGUCAUCUCGACAACAGCAGCUAUUUAUUUAGCUUGUCGUAUUCGGAAGAAGUCGAAAGAGUCGUUCGACAUGCUCUCGGCCUUCACAAGUUCCACCAUGGCCGUCUCGGGACCCUAUGGUAUUCCCUCACCUUACGGGAUGUACCACAUGGAGCAGCAAACUAGAUAA